AGUUCGAACCACUUCAAAAUUCAAAAUUUGAAAAGAGCAUAGAGAGGAGAAAAUGGCGACAGUGUCUGGGAACAUGAAGGGUUUCUACAAACAGAAGAAAAACACCAUCACUAAAAAAUCUUCCAAAAAGUCUCCGAUUAACGCUGCCACUUUGGCCUCCGUUGCGGCCCAAACACCGGCCCUCAUCUCCCACGCCGGAAACCCCGAAUUAGAAGAUGAACACAAAGAGAGCGAGGUGAUGCUGCGGCAAUUCGACAUGAACAUGGCAUAUGGGCCCUGCAUCGGGAUCACGCGUCUCGCACGCUGGGAGCGUGCUCAGAGGCUCGGUUUGAACCCUCCGCAAGAAAUCGAGACCCUCUUAAAGGGUGGAAAAGUACAGCCCGAGUCCUUGUGGGAUGGUUGCAUUUAGGGUUCCUUUUGUUUAGAAAUCGAAAUCCUUAAUCGAUUAUGGUGUAUUUAGGUUUUGCUUAGGAAAAUCAGCUUCUGGCUGUGUUCUUUAUUUUGUGACUCUAAACCAAACAUUUUGGAUGCUGCUCUCAUGAAAAUGUUGAUUUCUUGUUUGUGGUUGUUAGUUGUUGUUAUGAAAUCAUGGUUUGCUCUGUUAACUGAUUCA